GUGGUAGAGGGCGAAAGAGAGAGAGAGAGAGGAGAAAAUGGACGGUAGAAAGAAAAAAACGACGGGCGAUGAAGAAGAAGUGGAACAACUGCUCCGAGCGGCUCAAGACGAGCUGCUCUUGAAGCUGUCCGUUGAUUCCCACAUGUCCCGCGUUUCACCUGAUUAUCUUGACUCCGAUCUCGACAGUCGAUUCGAAGCCCUCAGAUCCCGACCCUCUAGAUCGAAAUCGAAGUCGAGAUCGAAAUCGACAUCUCAAGCUGUGUCAUCGAAACCUAAACCACAACAGGAGCAGCAGCAGCAGCAGCAGAGUGAGGACGAUCUGUUCGCUAGAUUUUCUGCUCUCAAGGCCUCUCUGCCAUCGUCUUCCACCGUCGGAGUCCCUCCAGGUUCAGAUGGAAUCGGCGAUGAUAACGAAGAUGAAGUGGAUAAGGUGAUUCGGUGGGCCAUUGAUGCGGCUCGUCUUGAUCCUUCUUUACCGUCUGAUGAUGAUAAUUGCGAGAGCAACGAUGAUGAUUAUGAUAAGCAUUCCACCGAUGACGAUGAAGAUGGCGAAGAUACAGACGAUGAUGGUAAGCUAAAGAAAAAGAAAAAGAAAAAUGCCCAGCGCAAAUAGUACAGAAUUGUAUACAACUCACAUGAGAUUGAUUGAUACUUGGUUUGUGUUGGUCCAAUGUUGAGGAUUUUCAAAUAUCUGCAGCCCAGCCCUAAUGUUCCCUUGCGAAUCUGUUGCUUUUGUUCUUGGUAUUAUAUGGUGUACAUUGGAAAUGUUUGACACAUUGGCCAUUGCUAAAAUAUUGUGGUGAAGUGAGUAAAUUUUGAUAUUUUUCAUUAA